CCUAGUUCGUCACUUCCGGUUACCGACGAGAGGGGAAGUGCAGACAUGGCGUUUGGUUUAUACUCGCUCCUAGAGGCGAUGCUAUUAUGCCUUAAUGCUGUAUGUAUUCUCCAUGAAGAACGUUUUUUAUCAAAAUUUUACUCUGACCAACGGGGGUUUGGAGAAGAAGCAGGGAUGAAAACCCAGCUGCUAAGUCUAAUAAAAUCAAUACGAACUGUUAUGAGAGUGCCAUUGGUAGGACUAAAUAUUAUGACCAUUGCCCUGAAGUUGGUUUUUGGAUAACCAAGUGAAGAGUUGAAAAACAAUGAAUACUGUUGAAAAGUCCUCAAACUGCACUGCAAUCUCAUGACUUCUAUUCAUUCAAGCCUUGGAUUCUUUCCAAUGCCCAUGCAACACAAGCAGGAAUUCACAGAAUGUCAGUCAGGGAGAUUAUAAGGUUUAAGAUUCCAGAUGGGUACAGAAGAUGACAAGAAGAGGCCUAUUUGUAUAACUGAAUGAAAAUAGUCAAAUCUGAACCAUAGAACUUUAAAUACAGGUUAAGUGAUCAUAGGACUGUGGCCAGUUAUCUUGGGAGUGUAUAUUAUUACUUUGUAUUUGAAUAGAAAAAAAUAUAUACAUAAUUAUGUGAAUCAAUAAAAGAAAAUAUUUAUCCA